UUGCAGAGGCAGAAAGGCCUUGCUUCCAUUCACAGAAACACUGGUAUGCCAGCCUGCUCUUUCAUUCACAUAGAAGACUAAAUAUUGCAUGCUUUUUUGUCCUCUGCUCUUUUCUCCUUUGUCUUUUUGCCUCCUCUGUUGAUUUGCGAGGGGCUGCCUUUUCUUCCCUGCUUUUGUGUUUGCCUUUGUUUCUGAGGAGAGAAGGCAGACGUGCGGUCUUUUUUUUUUUUCUUUUGCAAGGCAGGAAAGAGAGAUAUUGGGAGGGACUGCAGUGCGAAAUCUGCGGCACAGUGAGAGCGGAAGCUGCUUAUGAAUGAGUGUCAGUCUCUCGGCUUUGCUAGAUGCUCCUGAGGACAUUUUAUAUGAAUGUGUGCUUUCCGCUACCGGGGAGACAGAGAUGCUUCAUUGCUGCUGGUUUCAAGGAGACUCUUGAGCUUUUUCUGUUAUCCUUUUGCUUGUUUCAUUGACUUAUCUGCCUGAGAAACAUGUCGUUCCUUCUGUGUUUUUUUUGACUUGUAUCAUUCAUGUAGUUCAGCCUGGACCAAUUGCUGGGGAUUUUAGACUGGCUGUGAAUCUGUAUCUGCUUCCUAGUUGUGGAACUGAAUUUUUUAUUCCUUUGUUGCAGAAUACUUAUACAGAAUUAGUGCUACAUAUUAGACACAUUGUAUCAAAACAGUUUUUUUUUGGUAAAAAUGGAAAAAAAUUGCUUUUUUUUGGAAUUAAUGCUUGUUUCUAAGUAUUUUGUGGAGAAACAAGAAGUGCAUUAACUAGUCGUAGAUUUUGGACAGUACAAACCUGUGGUACAAGAGUGAUGUCUACUCAUGUUCUGCAGCGAUUAUAAAUUAUCAUUGCCAAUUUGGUAAUAAUGUUACAUAUUCCCGUUCAUGCUGAAAUGUUACUGUAUUGUUUCUUUUGAGGAUUAAGGGAGGUUUCUUUUAUACCCGUUUAAGGUAAAUCUUAAUUAUCCAUUCAACUCAAGGUUUUAUCCUUAAAUUAAAGAAAUCUGUAUCGUUUGUUGCAGAAGGUUUUGGCAGUCACUUUAAUUGUAGCUGUCAGUUGAAUUACUGUUAGCUUUCAUUACUUAUUUUACUUUAUUUAUUGGCAACUCUGUGAUUAGUUUCUGUUGUCAUCCCUUGAUCACAACUCAGAUCAUCGAUUUUUGACAUUGUUUAAAACAUUAUUUCAAGUGAAUUAUUAUGAAUACCUAUUUCAGUAAGUUAGAUAAUCGAGCUAUCUCUCAUUCUUCAUUUCCUUUUCUCAGAAAAACAAAUAAGGGGGAAAGAGUUAUGGUAAAUAAAUAUGAGACUGGGGAGUUUAAAAAUUGAUUGGCUCUAGUGUGCUGUAAGUGGGAGGUUUUUUUCUCCCUCCAACAGGAAGUGAUUUGCAGUGUUCAGCAAGCCUUUUGUUGAGAAGGUUUUCUCAGAUCAGUGAGUCAUGCUUUAGCUCUGAGCCGGCAGGCAGCAGUCAGCAGAGAGUAUUUGCUCUUCCCUCGCAGUGUCCGUGAUCAUCAACAACACAGACCUUUUUCUGUUCUCUUACUUUUUGGAUUUUGAGGCUAGAAUUCAACAGCAGCGGCAACAACAGCAGCAGCAUCACCGCUGGAAACCAAAUAAGGUGAACCACAACACUGGCAGCCUUUUAUCCUCUUCUUCCUUUGCUUCAGUGUUGUGUUUCCAUGGAUUGUGUCUGUAUAUUUCUCUCUGACGGAUUGGAUUGCAGCUCUGGAUUUUACUGAGAGCAGAUUGGACUUUGGCGACAGCAGCAGCAGCAGCAGCAGCAGCAGCAGCAGCAGCUCAACACAACCACCACUGUAACCUCAAUAGAGAAAAUUACAGUCAGGUGGCCUGUGAUUUCCAAAAGGCGUUUUGCUGCCUGUACCGUUGCUGCUAUGUUACAAGAGAGGAUAAUCAGCACGGCUCAGCCACGUCUGCCAGCACACUUGUGAACAAGGCAGGCUGUGCGUGUUGGUUGGUGGAGAGAGGGGAGAGAGCAAGAGAGAGAAGGGUAUGCUUCACCGUACCAAAUACAACCGCUUCAGGAAUGAGUCAGUAACAUCCGUCGAUGAGCUUCUCCACGGCCUGUCCAUGAACCCCAAGGUCUCGGCCACCCCCCAGUCUGCAGCCGAGACAUCUUACACACCCCCGACUGAGGUUCAGCCCUCCUCCACCACCACUUCUUCCAGCACCCCCACCAGCCACGGCUCUGACCACCUGGAAGAUGGAGGCACCACCCUCUGUACCCUCAUCAACAAGGUGUCCAGCCUGAAAUUCAGCAACUCAGGCAGCUUGCUCGGCAUCAAGGGUCUGCCCUCGGCAGUCAAGGACCUGGCUGUGUCUAAGCUGCAGGGGGGUGGGGGAUCAGGCUCGGGCAGCUCCAGUGGCCAGAGCCCCAGCGCAUCGGCAGCGGCAGCGGCAGCAGCCUCUGGUGUGGGCGGCUCUUUGUGCAGCUCGGCCUCCCAUUCAAGCCCCUGCUCGCAGCUAGAGCCAGCUGUUAGCAUGAGCAAGAAGAGCAGGCUGGAUGAGCUCCAGCCCAGCGGAGAGGACUGGAAUUCAGGUGGAGGUGGUGGACUGGUGAGCAAACCCUCCAGAGGAUGGCUACACUCAAACGAGAAGAUCUCUGGUCCAGGAGUGACAUACAUAGUGAAGUAUCUGGGUUGUAUAGAAGUCCUUCGGUCGAUGAGAUCCCUGGAUUUUACCACGAGGUCACAAAUAACAAGGGAAGCCAUCAGCCUGGUGUGUGAGGCUGUUCCAGGGACCAAAGGAGCACUGCGAAAGAGAAAGCCACCAUCCAAAGCUUUGUCCAGCAUUUUGGGGAAAAGUAAUCUGCAGUUUGCUGGUAUGUCAAUCAACCUAAAUAUCUCCACCAGUAGUCUCAACCUGAUGACCCCCGACUGCAAGCAGAUCAUAGCCAACCAUCACAUGCAGUCCAUCUCCUUUGCAUCAGGUGGAGACCCUGACACAACAGAUUAUGUUGCCUAUGUAGCAAAGGACCCUGUUAACAGAAGAGCAUGUCACAUCCUGGAGUGCUCUGAUGGACUUGCCCAGGACGUCAUCAGCACCAUCGGCCAGGCCUUUGACCUUCGCUUCCAGCAGUACCUGCAGUGUCCCUCAACCAAGCUGUCCUCCACACAUGACAGGGUAUUAAACAUGGAGGAGUUGCCGUGGACAGAGGAAGAGGAGGAGUCAGCAGAGCAUCCUUACUAUAACAACAUCCCCGGCAAGAUGCCUCCCCCUGGAGGCUUCAUCGACACCCGGCUGACCAAUCAGAAUGCAGCAACAGAUGGCUGCCAGCAGAUGGGUCCAGGAUCAGUGGAUCAGACAUAUUACCAAGGGCGGCAUUGUGAAAACUGGGGAGAUGAUAGAAGGGCCUUCUUCAUGCAACAGGGAUCAUUUGAUAUAAACAGUCUACCAGAGAGUAAAAGCCAGGCACCAAAAACCGGAGAGAUGCCCACGUAUGUGAACACGCAGCAGAUUGAUGCCCAGGUGCUCGCAGCGCUCCAGGCAGAGGCAGAAAACGUGACGAAGGGCAUGGCAGCCGCCGCCAAGGAGAGCCCACAGAAGGACCUGUUUGACAUGAAGCCCUUCGAAGAUGCCAUUCAGUCCCAGUCUCAGCCUCCCUCCCUGGGGCAGGUGCAGUCACAGAUGUCGGGUCUCCACAAGGCGGCGUCCGUGGACAACUCAAGCCCUCUUCUUGUGCGCUCGCUGGCCUUCCGGGCGCAGGAGGAGCUGGAGGGCCAGACGUGGUACCACGGCAAAAUGAGUCGCCGCGAUGCUGAGAAACUGCUGAGAGACGAUGGGGAUUUCCUCGUCCGUAAGAGCACUACCAACCCAGGGUCCUACGUACUGACGGGCAUGCACAAUGGACUUGCCAAACACCUGCUGCUGGUGGACCCUGAGGGAACGGUACGGACAAAAGAUCAUGUAUUUGACAGCAUUAGCCACCUUAUUGGGCAUCACCGUGACAACAGUCUGCCGAUCGUGUCAGCCGGGAGUGAACUGUGUCUCCUGCAGCCUGUUGGAAGGAAACAGUGAUGCUUGCAAAGCCUGAUGGGAAAUGGGAAGCUGUUAUCGGUCUCCCAUCCUGGAACUUGAAGGAGAAACAUGAGAAGAAGAUGCCUAAAGGCUCUUUGUGCUGACAGAGUUUUUAGGAAAACUGACCUGCAGUUACUUCAAUGGAGCCACUGGAAGAUUUGUUGAAGAUAAAUAAUUAUUUAUAGAACUGUUAUUAUUUUGUUGUGAUGACUGAAAUGCUAUAUUUUUAAGAAGACAUAGGUGCAUUUGGACAUAAUAUCUUGAUUUGGUGUUUUAAAAGAUUAAAAAAAGACAAUUGUUCUUGUAGUUUAGAUGAAAUGCAAAUCAAACCUCAAAGAGGUGUUAACAAGAGUAUUUUAGAAUAAAAAUCUAAAAUUUUAGUUUUGUCUGUCAAGCACAACCACAUUUCUACAGGAACUGUUGGCUAAGAUGUUGAGGAAACAGAAAUGCUGUUUAUAAUGAGUUACAUAAGGAAAAAUGUCCUUUAAUCUCACCAAUAGUGUGACAGCUUACUCAAUUAGUCACUAUAUGAAACCUGCUUUUAUUGGAGAUUAGAACUGAAUGUGUUUUGCUUUGCAGUUGUCACAAAGUGUUGGGGUGCAAACAGAUGUCCUUCAUAGUGCUGUCAAUGGCUUUAAAGAUAAACUUUUUUAUCAAGUAUUUUCUUGUGUCACUGCAGUCGCAUGACUUAAAACCAACUGUUCUUGUGGCCAUGUUCGUAGACCUUGAUACCCCUUUAUUUGAAAGAGGUGCUUGUGUAUGCUGACACUGUAAAAUAUUUAUGCUUUUCAACCAGUGAUUAUUUCUGAAUUGGUUUUCUCUGAAUUCUUUUAGGUGUGUAGUCGGUGAUUAGUUUCGGGGCUUGAGUCACACAAUGGAUAUUCUCACAUUCUUAAUUAACAUUUUCAGCUUCUUUCUUUAUAGACGAACUUUUCAGAGUUUAUUAUUUGAAGGAUCACAAAUGAAUAGCACAAUCAACAAGUUCGACCACAGAAAAAAAAAAAGUUCGACCACUUAGAUCAUCUGUGUCAGUUGCACCAAUUACCAAUGUGUUGAGAUGUAAUUUACACUUUUUGAAUCUGACAGACAUGUUCACUCUGUGUGCACUCAAUCCAGAAUGUUAAAUAUUAGAUCACGUUCAGUUACUGAUGAUAGAUGGAUUUUUCUUUCACUGUGCUGACAUCUAAUGGCAGGGCUACUGUCUUGCCACUAGAUGUCAUCAUAGAAACGCUUUGAUACCCGUCAGUCACUUCCUUUCUGUUAUUUUCUUACCAGGGAAGGAAAAUGUCGCUGUGUGUUGCUUUCAGUACUACAGCUGAGGGUAAAUCAAACAUUGUUUUAUUUUGCAGUCCACUGUACACAAUCGUUCCUCUGAACAGUUCAGUAUUUAGGUUAUACAGACUGUUUUUGUAGAGAAGGAAUCCAAAUUUUGAAAUGGCUUAUAGAAAUAGUACACAGCAGUUCUAGAAAAACAGCCUUUAAAAAAAAAAAAAAAAAAAAAAAAAAAGAAAUGCUCUCAUCCUUACUAUUGUCAGGACUCUGAUGGAUACCAAAUGAAUGGGGCAUUGUAUUUGAUAUGCACUGGACCACUUCAAUUGAACCAAAAUCAGCAUGUGUUCAAUGAGUUUGACAAGACAGAUGCAAUGUAAUAUAACGUGCCUGUGUUUUGCUGCAAGAGGGAGUGUACAGUACAUGCAUCUCACAACAACACACAUUUAGCAAAAAGUUUGCCGUAUUGGGAUCAUUCUAGUAAAUAUCCACCGCAUCCACUCUGGCUUUUCUUGAUUCCUCGUGUCCCAUAUCCUGGUUUGCUUCUCAGGAUUCAUUAGCGGAGAGAAGAAUUAUUUCAAAAGAAAAGCGAGAAGAAAACAGGCACAAAGAGUCACUGAGGAGUUUUCCGCCAUUUACGUUUACGUUGUCUGAGUAUUUGUGACAAAAUUUCAUCAAAUGUCAUGUCAGAAGGAAUAACGCGCUAAAAUUUUUAAAAAGCACUACGCUAAUGUCAAAAAAUUCUUUUGAGUCUUCAUUUCUGGGGAGUGAAUUUGUAGAGUCACUUUGGCCAGAUGUGCAAAGUUUUGAAGGAAGCAGAAAAAAACGACUCCAUGCUUGAACCUAUCGGAUCACGUGAUGAUUAGACGUAAAGAAAAUUCUCCAACCAAACGCACCGGGACACAAAUAAGAACAUGGUGUCUUUCCAGAUUUCUGUUGAUGAAAAUGUGCCUUUUAUUUGUACAAAUGGUGUUUUUAUUUCUCUUUCUCUCUCCCUUCAAAGUGCAAUAGCUGAUCUUCAAUGGGGCAUGCCUGUUCACUAGAGGUUGUGUUUCGCCCUGCUGCGUGUUGCUGCUUGAGACUUCUGUUUUCUCUGUCUCUUUCCCUCCCUCCCUCUCUAUUAUAUAUUAUAAAUGUAUCAUUUCCAGAUUCUAAAUAUAAAUCUUUGUCUGAGGGGAAAGAUCACAGAAACUCACUAUUUUGGGACAGGUAUAGUAAAAAAAAAAAAAAAAUUAAAAAAAAGAAAAAAAAACAUAGAAACAACAAGUCCAAAUGAUGUUUACAGAUUUAAUCUUUUGGUUGUAUGGGUUUAUCAUUAUUCUGUAUGACUGUUGGCAAUAAAACCGUGAAUGUGUAGAA